CGUGGUCUGUCGCCGCGGCGACGCGGGCGUGGGAGGACCCGGAUGUGUGCGGAUCCCAACAUGGCGGCGGCGGCGGCCGACGCUUUUACCCGAGGAGCCGGGAUGCGGAGCUGAGGCUGGAAAGUUUUCCCUUGGCGGAAGGAGCGCGUCCCGGGCCAUGUUCUCCAAGAAGAAGAAGCGGGUGGAGAUCUCGGCGCCGUCCAACUUCGAGCACCGCGUGCACACGGGCUACGACGCCUCGGAGCAGCGCUUCACCGGGCUGCCCCGCCAGUGGCAGGGGCUGCUCGAGGAGUCCGCCCGGCGCCCCAAGCCCCUCGUGGACCCCGCCUGCAUCACCGCCAUCCGCGGGGCCCACAAGGCCGAGCACCACGCGGGACGCCCCCCCGGGCAGGAGGUGACCCCCAACGGGCCGGUCCCCGCCGGCGCCUCCCAGGCCCCCGGCCCCCUGCGCCCCAAAGCCCCGGAGCCGCCUGCCCCAGCCCCGGAGCCCCCGGCCCCGCGUCCCCCCGGCCCCGCGCCCGCCCCGGCCCCGGCCCCGGCCCCGGCGGGGGGGCCGCAGCGCGUGUCCCACGAGCAGUUCCGGGCGGCGCUGCAGAUGGUGGUGGACCCCGGGGACCCCCGCACGUACCUGGACAACUUCAUCAAGAUCGGCGAGGGCUCCACGGGCGUGGUGUGCAUCGCCACCGUGCGCGGCUCCGGCAAGCUCGUGGCCGUCAAGAAGAUGGACCUGCGCAAGCAGCAGCGGCGGGAGCUGCUCUUCAACGAGGUGGUGAUCAUGCGGGACCACCAGCACGAGAACGUGGUGGAGAUGUACAACAGCUACCUGGUGGGCGACGAGCUCUGGGUGGUGAUGGAGUUCCUGGAGGGCGGCGCGCUGACGGACAUCGUCACCCACACCAGGAUGUCGGAGGAGCAGAUCGCGGCCGUGUGCCGCUCGGUGCUGCGGGCGCUUGCCGUGCUGCAUGCCCAGGGCGUCAUCCACCGCGACAUCAAGAGCGACUCCAUCCUCCUCACGCACGACGGGCGGGUGAAGCUCUCGGAUUUCGGCUUCUGCGCCCAAGUGAACAAGGACGUGCCGCGGCGCAAGUCCCUGGUGGGCACUCCCUACUGGAUGGCCCCCGAGCUCAUCUCCCGCCUGCCCUACGGCCCAGAGGUGGACAUCUGGUCUCUGGGGGUGAUGGUCAUCGAGAUGGUGGACGGGGAACCCCCUUAUUUCAACGAGCCCCCCCUCAAAGCCAUGAAGCUGAUCCGGGACAACCUUCCCCCCCGGCUCAAGAACGGCCACAAGGUGUCCCCGUCCCUGAAGGGCUUCCUGGAGCGGAUGCUGGUGCGGGACCCGGCGCAGCGGGCGAGCGCCCCGGAGCUGCUCCGCCACCCCUUCCUGGGGGUCGCGGGCCCCCCGGCCUGCAUCGUGCCCCUCAUGCGGCAGCACCGGCUGCGGUGAGACCCCCCCGGCCCCGGGGGGAGCCCCCCGGCCCCCUCCUGCUCCUCCUCGUCCUCAGCAGCACCCCCAAACUGGAGCGGGACUGGGAUGUUCUGGGGGACACCGGCCCCCCAACCUGUACUACUGAGCUGGGGACCCCGCAGCAGAG